AGUCAUUGAGUAACGCAUGUACUACUUCUUUCAGCUUCAGUACAAUAAAGCUGCUGAGCACUUUUUUUCUUGUCUUCUUUCGUUUGCUACUUUCGUUUGCUUCUUAUUCGACUCUUAUGGACAAGAAAACAAAGGGUCCCAGCCCUGGGACAAUCAAGAACGAUAUCAAUUACUGUGGAGAAAUCAAAGACACUCCUUCAUCCAACAGCGAGAGUUCAUCAGGGGACGGUUUUAGCGGUUCUGCUGAAAAUAGAAUUCCCAAGGAUACUCGCCCACGCAUACACUUCAGUUUCUGUGAGAAGCUUUCCCUUAUUAUAGUACUAUGCUUUGCAUUGUAUAAUUGUAUCCCAAAAUCCUUUCCUGAUUACUACCCCGACAUUUGUGGCAAAUGGCCCUCCCAUCUGACUUACCCAAGAGGCUUUCCAGAAGUAGAGUCGUUGAAUCAACUGGAUUACUCAAUCAGACUUUUAGCCACAAAUUACGGAGAAGAACUACUCGGUCCGUGUUAUGCUCCUGUUUCAUUUACAGAUAACUGUGGCAACAGUAUCCCCGACCAUGACGUAUUUUUCGGCAUGUCAUCGGUUACUGCUACACAAACAGCUGCGGCUACUACUACUACUACUCCAUCAGGCAACAAACUGCAGCCAAGAAUUACUUAUGAUACUACGGCGGAUUUCUUGACAGCGAGUGCUUCCUUUUCUGCGCACUAUUUUCGCAGGCUAUCGAUAACCGCUGAUGAUGAUAUUGACCUUACCGUCGACUUUCUGGACCACAAGCAAAAUGCAGAUCAAAAAGAACCAGUGACGGCACCACAACAAUCAGGGGCGGUGGGUCUUUACCUGCGGGAGCAACAGCAAGAAAUCAAGUAUAAUAAUGGCGACGAUGACUACCCAGUUGAUAUCUUCCAAAUGAACUGCUUACAUGGACGGCUCAAUGUUCACAUCAAGCAUGGUCCUGUUUGGCUAGAUGUUGAAAAGAACUAUUACAACGUCAACAGUGCAUCCAAGGCGUACCAUCUGCAAGUUCUGCUACCAGAGGACUCCCAUCUCAUAUUGGAACAUAUCUCAAUAUUUUUGAAAGAAGGUCGUGUUCAUGCUAAUUCACUUGGCUUUAACAAGCUUUUUGCCUUGAUCGGACGUGGAAGCGUGAAGCUCUCGGGUAUCAAAGUCAACGAAUUGAAUGCUGCUGUUCUCGAUGGGCAAAUAUAUAUGCCUGGUGUAAAAUUCACAAAGAACCUUGCUGCUGGUGUCUUACGAGGAAGUUCCACAGUUGUCGGGGAUAUAGAUCGGAAUAACAGCCAGCAGCCUUAUAAUCUCAUCAACAUAGUAGUAGACGGUGAUGCGCAAACUCAAGUGAUGACACCUGUAAGCAAGUACGAAGGUUUAGCCGCAAAUUUCUAUCUCAAUAAAGGUCCCGGGUGCGAAAGAACCAUCAAUGUGCCUGGUUAUGUUUACGUCCGCCACGAGAACGACCAUCUUAUUACGCACGUAGACCGAGGCAGCAGGAAUUAUCUUACAAAAGGAUAUUUCAUUUCCAAAAAUAGCGGCUCACAUGUUCUAGCGUAUAGCGGUAGAGAUCUUCGCUGGAAAUGUCAAACUAGAUUACAAUAUAGAUUCUACGACAAUACUACUGAUUAAAAUAUGACGAGCAAACCUGUUUAUUUUGUACGUGAG